AUGGCGCUGGCCCUCAUCAUGGUGGUCCUUGCCUCCUUGCCGCUUUGCUGCGGAGUGUUGAGGCAGUACGGGAAGAUCAUUGCUGGCUUCGCCAUCGUGCUUGGAUUGGUCUCCUUGGCGAUUCCCCUCCUUGGCUCCAUGGGUGCCUGCGGGCCUUUCGUGGAUGCCAUUUGCAAUGAGCGCUGCGGCGGCUACGAGUGCACAGCGACGGAGAGGGACGACAUGUCAUCCCUUUGCAACGCGCUGGGCUUCCUGGUGGUCUACAUCGGCGCCUUUGGCUGGGCCACCUGCAUCUUGGGCAUCGUGGCGGCCUCGCUGGGCUGCUGCGUGUGCUGCGGCUGCUGCAAGGCCAAGAUGGACGAGCCCGCGCCAGGGGGUCAGCCGGCCGUGGUGGUUGGGUCCGUGCAACAGGUGGCGUGA